CGACUACCACCGAUAUUAUGUUGACCGGCAUGAAUAGUGUGAUCCUCAUCGAACCUAAUGAUCGAUUAGGAAAUUGAAAUAAUUGAUACGAGCGAUAUGAGUGUCUGUUAGUAAUUUGUCUAUGAUUUAUCUAUGGUGUUAAGAGAAGUGACGGACUUAUGCAAUUGUUGCAUGUGUUGCGUGGGAUGUGUUUUGUGUAGUGCAGGAGCAGUGUACUGUUCGAUUUACGUUUCGAGAUAGCCUAGUGAAAUAAACAGCAGUGACAAACAUGGGAAUGUGUUUUCCUUGUUUUAAAGGUUCAUCGACUGAUUCAAUAACACCAGAUCUGGAAGUAAAAAGAAGACAGCAAAUUGAAGCAGCAGAAAGGAGAAUGCGAGAGCAAGAGACUCGAGGAAUUAAGGACCCAGAAAGAUUCCAACGUGAGAAAAGGAAGAAACAGGAACUUGAAAGGAGGCAAGAGGAAGCAGAAAAAAAGUAUACAGGAGAGAGAGGAGGACAAUUGAAGUGGCAAGUUGAAUGAACAUUCAACAGACAGAUCUUGGUGCCUCUGGAUGUGGUGUCUGUGUAUUCGGUGGACCACGGUGAACAUUCUGUGACAUACUUACAUGGAGGGUACUUCACAGCACAGAAUGUAUCAGUAUCUGAAUGUUCUGCAUACACUGAUGAUGGUCAUAAUUUUUGUUAAAUAUUUAUUUUCCUGCACACCUUAAGCAUGUAUAAGAAUAAUGUAAUAUAUUUUUGGGAUAGUAAAAUGGUAUUUCUUGCUGAAUCUGAGAAGGCUUCUCAGUGCAGUUACAGGUUUUCUCAA